UCAUGCUGCUGCCAAGUCCAGAGUCUGUCAUGGGUCCCUGUACGGCCCCCCAUUGCUGCUGUCUCCAUCGCCACACUCUGCUCAUGUGCCACUUUCAGGUCUCCUCACACUGCUGGUGUGUUCCAUUUUUUGUCAUAGGGUGCUGGCAGAUUACGGGCCUCCUAUAGCUGCUGCCAGGCCCCUAAUCUGCCAUGGGCCCCUAUACCGCCUCCUCAUGCUGCUGCCAAGUCCAGAGUCUGUCAUGGGUCCCUGUACGGCCUCCCAUUGCUGCUGGUUCUCCAUCGCCACACUCUGCCAUGUGCCACUUUCAGGUCUCCUCACACACUGCUGGUGUGUUGAAUUUUUUGAC